CAAAGGCCGCCUACCUGCCUUCUUCCUUGCAUCGCGUUUGUUCGCACCCACCCCCGUCUGCCCUCCUGUCUGAACCCCCACCUGAACCCAAAGGCUUCCGACCUGCUGACCAGCAACUUCGCCUCUACUUAGACUAGCCAACCUUGACUGCUCUCAACUCCUGAUCUUAGCACACCAUGACGAAGGCUCGGGUCCUGCUCACACUCGUACCUCCCGAAAUGCUUCCUGACCCGGAUCCAAGCGAGUUCACGCGGUGGCACAUGCCGGACUCCGCUGCCCAACGGGAGUACUUCGACAGCAUCGUUCUGUCACCGACUCGCAAGCGCUGGAGCAGGGUCCAGCGAAAAUAUAUAGAAGCAUACCUGGUUGACGAAGAGGCCGAGCGUGUGUCGAUCUACUCAGACUCCGAGGAAGACGAGAGCUACGAGGGCGAAUACGAAGAUGGCAGCGCCUCGGAGAACGACGACGAUGGCGAGAGUGAGCGUGAAGACCUCGCGGAGGAAGAGGUUCAGUACGACGAAGGUUCCAAGGACACGUCGGAUGACGAAGUCAUCCGUGACGAGUCAGUAGAGCUUGAGGCGGAGGCCACCUCGACUCAGCUGAACAAGCCAGCAGUCGAGUACGAGAGCGACGACGACUGGACUACUAGUAGUGACGGUGAAUCAGAGUCCGGGGAUGACGAAGAGGAGAUCGUUUGUACCGGCCACAGACGACCGUUUGUGCGCACGGUGUCUGAGAACGAGCCCGUCAUCCCCGACUUCGAUACGCUUUCGGAAGGACUGAUGGCCGCGGAAGCUUCAGCGGAUGCGCCGGUCGCGUCCCGACCCAGUUCGUCUCGAGGGCAUGCACCCCAGAGACUGCCUCCUCCUUUCCUGCGCCUCUCGUCGCCUGCCCGACCGCCGUUUGCAAACUACGGUAAGACCAAACCGUACAAGGGCGUUCAUGCAUCGGCGGGAAGAACACAACAUGGUGCCCCGGAGUCUACCGUCCGUGCUGGCUUACAGACUGCCCCAGUAGCUGGACCGUCUAAGGGGAGGUCAAUGGCACUACCCGAUGCUGUCAAGGGGGUUCGCCGUGACCUCGACCACGCGAAGGCGACUCGCCCCGUAGCGGGCCCAAGCAGCGUCAAUAAGCGGCCUGCACUUGACAUGCAGCCUCCCGAAUCAACGGUGCUCAAGAAACGCAAGAGACAGGCGUCAGUAGUGCCGGCAUCCUCGAAGCGGCUGCGUAGAACGGCGACGCCCAUCCUUGCCUCUCCGUCCGACAGCGAAGAAGAGGCGGCUCGGGUGGAGAUGAAGCUCGAGGCUGACGACGAGGACUACGUUCCGGAGGGUAGCUCCGCCGCGCUACAACGCACGCGUAAGCGCCGUGCACCUAUCGACGCUGGCCAAGACAAGGAGCCCCGGGCUUCAAAGCGACGGCGUGUAAAAGCGGCGCCGGCCGUUGAACCAGAGACAACGAUCGCCAACGCCGCUGACGCGGGAGAGGGCUCGUCACCGUCCUCGAUCGCCUGCAAGUGGGAAGGCUGCAACAAGUUCCUCGCGCGGAAGGACCUUCCCCAGCAUGUGAAACGCGACCAUGUAGUCGUACCCCAGGAGUACCAGGGCAAGCCGGGACGGUAUGACGUCGUUUGCCUCUGGAGAGACUGUCCGGACAGAGUCGCGGGCGGUGCAGACCACACCGUGCGCCUGGAGAACCUCAAGAAGCACCUUCACAGUGCGAUCGGCACCCGUUACCUCUGUCCCGCCGCGCAUUGCGACAAGUCGUUCUCUCGUGUGUGGCGGCUCAAUGACCACAUCCGUUCUCGCCACCCCGGUCAGAAGCUUGUGACGUCGGAUGAAGCCCUCCAGGCGGACUAAACGGGACCUUCCCUUCUCAUGUUAUGUGCCGCUGAGU